AACACCAUCGAGUAAGGACCUACUCUGCUGCUUGUCCUGCUCCGCUUCUUGAGCUUUUGCGCUACACAAUGACCUCUCACGGAAUCACCCUCGCCGCCCUCCUCCUCGCCCUGGCCGCCCUCACGCACGCAGCCGACGCCGCCCACAAAAACGACGCACGACUUCUCUUCGAAAACGCCGACAAAUCCGUCACCAUCGGCGUCGACUCCCUCGUGUACAUCGGCGUCAUCUUCGUCGGUCUGCUCUUGCUCAUAUCUCUCCUGGGGCUCUCCGGGACGUCGGCCGAGGUCGCUCAGCCCUACGAAUACGUCUCCGCCACUGAUUAUGGUGCCGCCCCAGCCUACGAUGAGAAGAGCACCUUCAAAGUGCACCAAGUUAUUGAGGAUGCCAUCAACAAGUUCCAGUAGAGACCGCGAGGCUAAAAUCUGCUGAGCUGAAAAUGGCGAAAAAUAAAGACCUUUCGUCUAAGUUCCAGUAGAGACCGCGAGGCUAAAAUCUCUCGCUGAAAAUGCGAAAAAAUAAAAACCUUUCCUCUAAGUUC